AUGGCCAACUUCCUCGCCUCCAUCUUCGGCACCGAGCAAGACAAAGUCAAUUGCUCUUUCUACUACAAAAUUGGCGCCUGUCGCCACGGCGAUCGCUGCAGCAGGAAACAUGUCAAGCCAUCAUACAGCCAGACGAUUCUCAUGCCGAACCUGUACCAAAACCCAGCUUUCGACCCCAAGAACCGCAUGAACCCAUCUCAGUUGCAAAAUCACUUUGACGCCUUCUACGAGGACAUCUGGUGCGAGAUGUGCAAGUACGGAGAGGUCGAAGAGCUCGUUGUUUGCGACAACAACAAUGACCACCUCAUCGGCAACGUGUACGCGCGCUUCAAGUACGAGGACAGCGCGCAAAAAGCCUGCGACGACCUCAACUCGCGGUGGUACGCCGCCCGUCCCAUUUACUGCGAACUCAGCCCGGUCACCGACUUUCGUGAGGCUUGCUGCCGCCUCAAUAGUGGAGAAGGCUGCGUGCGCGGCGGUUUCUGCAACUUUAUACACCGCAAAAAUCCGGGCCCAGAACUCGACCGCGAACUCGAGUUGUCUACCAAGAAGUGGCUGAAGACGCGGCCACGAUCUCGCAGCCCUACAAGGUCGCCUAGCCCAGAGCCGACUCGACGGAGAUAUUAA